UGUAUUUUGGAAUCAUGUUCAUGUACAUGUAUUUAAUCAAUAAUUUGUAUCAUUGCAAACUUAAGUGUGUUUUCUAGGUGCAAAGCGAUAUUCAGGUGAUAUUCGUGAAAUAUUUCCCAAGCGUUGUUCAUUUUGACGUUGACACCUGUGACCCUAAUACACAUUUGACUAUGCCAUCAACGAUUAAUGUAUGUGUAACAAGACUUUUCCUGAUCAGGCAGAGUGGAGGCCCUCCCUGAUCUACGCAUCCCUCUGCCUCCGAUACGCAAGAGUUACACAAUCGCUGAGAAGAUCUCAACUGUCAUGUGGUUCAGAAGUAAUGGAAGAAAUUUAUCACAAACCGAGAGAAAAUUUGGAAUUUCGCGGAAAAGCCUUCGGACUUGGGACAAGGAGUAUGACAGAUUGUUGGAACAUUCAGCCAAUAACAAGAUGAUGAGACGAAAGAUCGGUAGUGGCGCGGAACCGAGGUCGCAUAAACUGGAUAACGAGGUGUUUAAGUGGUUUUUAGCGAUGAAAAACACAGGAACUCUUGUAAAUAACUGCAUGUUAAUGAAUCAAGCUCGAGAGAUUGCUCGGAGUUUGAACAUAGAUAACUUUCAAGGGAGCUAUGGUUGGCUGAGACGAUGGAAGAUGAGGUUUAAUGUUGAUGGUUCCGAGUACGUGAAAGACCGCAGGAGAAAGAAUUGUGUUUCAAGUACGGCCAUAGUUGCUGGCAAUGGGGUUGAUACUGGAAUGUUUGCGAAAUCCACACCCCAGGGGGGUAAUUCUGUGUUUCCAGGAUGUGGAUUUGAAAAUUAUCCAACAGUUGAGUCGGAUCCUCUUCAUUGUUACCAAGAUUAUUGUGUGAAGUCAUUUCCGUCUGUGAAGAAGUCUGAUAAAUAUUUUGAUAGUGACUGUACUUUGAACAUUUCACAUAUUACCGAUUCAGUUGACAUUAAGUUUAAUAAGUCUCAACUUACGGAAGGUCACAAUCCUAUUAGGAAUCCAAUUUUGCAAGGUCAAGGUCAUAUACGUGAUUCAGCGUCUGGUUUGUCACAGGACCUUAUACGUGAAAUAAACAGUCGUAAAGUACCAAGAUACAUGAUCAUCAAAACAGAACCAGAAUUGUUUCCCUCGGAAUCGACUGAGAGCCAGGAUGAAAUAUUUAGGAAUAGAGUUGAUCGCGAUUUUAAACAAUCCUCUGAGUUUAAUAUGACAAAAUUUGAAACAAAAGGAGAGUCCCCGCUUGUUAAGCCAAAGGAAAUGUCUGUAUUGUGAUGAUGUGCAGCUUCUCACCCAGGCUUUGUGUUAGUAUUGUUUCCAAGGUUACAGGAUCCUCUUUUCAGCAUUAUAACCCGGCGAUAGCCUCAGUGUCAGUUAUUCCCAAUGUGAACUUCGGUGAAGGAAAUGACAAGAGAGUGGUGAAGACUGGCAUCCACUGUCAAUGAGACCCAUGUUGCACUUGGAGAACAUCUAGUCAGUCUCUCACUUUGCGGUUGGGAAAGUAUAACGGAUUCUCUGAUCAUGGCUGUUGAAGAACUGGGAUGAUGAAGACGAGAGAACCAUAAGUCAAGACCGUGAUAUUGACUGAGAAAAUUGGUUGAUGUAUCGCAUGUAUUACCGGUGCUUGUAUCAGUUACUUCAUGUUGAAAUUGCUGGAAUUUUGAUAAAGGCUGCAUAAAGGCGGCUUCUCGGGGCCAACAUCAGGUGGCAAGCACAGGUUGGCAAACUCCAAGUUUUCCAACUUAUGUUUUCACGUGACGAAUAUGUGUGGUUGUUGCUUAGUUCCUCUUCAUUAUUCUCAAAUUCUGACGCCAUUUUAAAGCAGAUGUAAGUUAAAAUCAUGUAAUAUCUCUGCAGUUUGAGUGGUUGUAAGCGACAAACAUAUCUUUGAUAACCAUUCACUAUGUUCACACCGCCAAAUCGAGUUUAAAAACACUGAAUUGCUGGCCAAAAAAUGAGAAUAGUAAUCAAUCCUUCUUCUUGCCAACAAUUAGUUUGGAAACUUGUCAUAGCAUUUGAAAGAUAAACUUUUUUCACUUAUUUUAGCUAUACUUAUGUCAUGUAUGUAUUUGAUAAUAUCAGAAGUCCAAAAUUUGCAAGUAUAAGAAAAAAACAAGGCUAGAUGAUAAUUUUCAAACCAAUGUUUCAAGGUGUCCACAGUUUUAAAUUUGACAUUUCCAGUGGACAUAGUAUAGGUGCUGAGUGAGAUUAUUGACAGAUUGGUUAUGAAGUUUAACUCUUUGGUGUGAGGCAUAUGGUGAGUGGGUUGGAAGAGUUGCCAAUUAUUCUGAAAUUU